GACUGAUGUGCAUUGUAGGAUUGUGCCACAGUUUGUUAGAAUGGGGUUCUUGCAAGGUGUGUUAGUGUUGGUUGUGAUUGUGGCUUUUGACCUGAAGAGUGCACUGGGAAGUUUGAAACACCGUCAAAGUCCAAGCAGCACAAAGCCGCAAUCAGCUCCAGCUUCCAGAGUUCCUGAUCUUUCUUCUCAAGGGUUCCUGAAUCCUUUCCAAAAGGCUUCUCAGCUUCCGAGUCUUGACUACAGAAAAUUUGCGCAAGACCCUCUUGGUCUUCAGGAGAAGCAGCUGUUGCAGGGUCCAGUCAAGCCUUUGGACUGGAAGUUUCCCAUCGUUCCAGAGGUGCAACGUGAGUUGGCGGUGAACUUCCAGUUGAGGCAACCUUUGACUCCCAGUAGUUUGGCUGUUCAAUGCAGUGAGAGCCGGGUUCAUGUGGAGGUGAAGAAGGAUAUGUUUAGCAAUGGUCAACUGAUCCAGCCAUCUGGUUUGUCUAUGGGAGGCUGUCCUGUUGUUGGUGAGGACUCUGCCUAUGGGGUGCUCAUCUUUGAAUAUGCACUACAGGACUGCAAUAGUGUGCUGAUGAUGACUGAAGAUGAGCUAGUCUACACCUUUGCUCUUACCUACACCCCUGUGGCAUUUGCUGGCACGUCGAUUACCCGUACUGGGUACAGUUGUUGGCAUUCAAUGCCACUAUCAAAGGCUCCAUAAUGUGAGCAGUAAAGCUUUGAGGUCAACUUGGGUUCCUUAGGCUUCAAUGGAGGUUGCCGAAGACGUCUUGGUGUUCUCCAUGAACCUCAUGCUGGAUGACUGGGCCAUUCAGAGGCCUUCAAAUGUGUACUACUUGGGUGACCUUAUUAAUAUUGAGGCAUCUGUGAAGGUGUACAACCACGUCCCCCUGCGUGUGUUUGUGGACCGCUGUGUGGCCACCCAAGUACCUGAUGUGACUUCUGUUCCGAGAUAUUCCCUCAUUGAAAAUCAUGGGUUAAAGUCCUGUCACUUCUCUAGAAUGG